UUUGGUUGUACACAGUGUGCCCUUCUGGCAGUGAUGUCCUAUGACCGGUAUGUGGCCAUCUGUAAGCCUAUGCAUUACCCCACCAUCAUGACUUGGAAGGUAUGUGUCCAGCUAGCUGUGGGAUCAUGGGCCAGUGGCAUUCUGGUAUCUGUGGUGGAUGCCACCUUCACCCUAAGGCUACCCUACAAAGGCAGCAAUAUAAUAAACCACUUUUUCUGUGAUGUCUCCCCAUUGCUCAAUCUUUCCUGUACGGACAAGUCCAUAGCAGAGCUUACAGACUUUGUCCUGGCCAUUUUUAUCCUGCUGGGACCACUCUCGGUCACUGGGGCCUCCUACAUGGCCAUCACUGGUGCGGUGAUGCGCAUCCGCUCCGCUGCUGGGCGUCAUAAAGCCUUUUCCACCUGUGCCUCUCACCUGACUGUUGUGGUCAUCUUCUAUGCAGCCAGUAUCUUCAUCUAUGCCCGGCCAAAGGCCCUCUCAGCCUUUGACACCAACAAGCUGGUCUCUGUCCUCUAUGCUGUCAUUGUACCAUUGCUCAACCCUAUCAUUUACUGCUUGCGAAACCAGGAGGUCAAGAGAGCCCUGCGCCAUACUCUGCACUUGUACCAGGGCCAGGAUACUGAGUUUGGGAAGGCUAACAGAGAUGGGUAG